AUGGAGGACACGACCACGCCCAACAACGACAUGGAGGGCCGUCCUAAUGAGCAUUCCACGCUUCUUGAUCGCCCCAAGUUAUCCCAAAACUGCCAAAAACAUUGCCACCAAGUCAAUACCAUCGUUAAGCUGUACCUUGUCACUUGCUUGACAAGUAUUGCUUUCCAGUGCCUUGCACCGGCCCAAACAAGGAUCUAUGAGGCCAUUUACUGCUGUCAGUACUAUGCUUCUCGAGAGCUUUCUUGUGAGCAUGCAGCGCUACCUGAAUACCGCUGCAAGCUACCAUCUAUACAACGGGAGCUGUCAAGCUUAAAGGGGUGGCAGGAGUUUUUUGAUAGCAUCCCAUGUAUUCUUCUUACCAUCCCUCUAGGUCUAUGGGCAGAUAACCACGGCAGGAAGAGGCUAUUCGUCCUAACCAUCACAUUGCUGGCAGUACAGCAGAUAUGGAUUACUAUGGUUAGCCUGUUUUCUCGAACACUUCCACUGCAGUUGAUUUGGGCCGGGGCUGCUUUUAAUCUUUUCUCUGGUGGACGAACAGUUGCGGAGAUGUUGGUAUCACAAAGAAAGCGUCUUCGGCAGGUGGCUAACCUAAUCUACAUUCAUUGUUUUAUGGCUGACCAGUGUAUCAUCACUGAUAUCACUCCCCGAGAAGAGCUGUCUACUGUUUUCUUUCGACUCUUUGCUCUUAGCCAGUUGAGCAUAGUGAUCGGGCCAAUUACUGCAGCUGGACUCAUGCAUGCCAAUCCGUGGAUCGCCAUCUUCUGUGGCCUCACUCUCCAAGCCGCCUGCAUUCCACUUGCAGUGACAAUACCAGAGACAUUUAUUCCACACACAGGAUAUAAUGAACAUCACGAAGACCAGAAUACAGAAUCUUCCUCUAAGGGCGUACAGGAGACCUUGCACCACAUCCGAAUACAUGUUCUUCUAGCCUUCCAUGAUUUCAAGGGCUUAUGGGCCGACAAGCAGCUUUUGUUCUUGGUAGGACUCAGCCCAUUUCGCAUGAUGAUGGGUGUCAUUUCCGACUUGAUUCAGCGCUAUGUCUCAAACCGAUAUCACUGGACCCUGGAAAGCUCGACUUUCCUCUACUCUCUCCAGGCGGUAGUGUCAACUCUCUGUUUGUUCCUUUUACUCCCGUAUAUCACGGAAAUUAUGGAGAAGAGUCUCGGACUUAGCGGAAUCGAGAGAGGCGUUGCUGUCUGUCGAGGUUCAUUGAGUGUACUUACUCUCGGCUAUACGAUCCAGGGACUUUCUCCAGUGGUAUCUCUUUUUGUCAUCGGAAUGAUUAUUGAGAGUCUCGGGCUGGGGUUUGGUCCAUCAGUCAGGGCCUUGACUGGCUCAAUAAUAAAUAGAAAGUAUAAUGCGCGGAUAUUCUCUGUUAUCACUAUCAUCGAAACGUUUUCCAGGAUGGUUCUAUAUCCGAUAAUGGCAAUAUUCUUUAACAUAGGCAUAAAUAGAGGUGGGCCAUGGCUGGGCCUGCCUUUUGAUAUCACUGCAGGAGUGGCAAUCCUUACACUUAUACCUUUUUCUAUCAUCAGAUUCGGCUCUGGGAGAGAUUAG